AUGGCGGAUUCGGCCGGACCGCCUGUGGCGAGUCUGCAGCUGGCGAAGCCUCGCAGCAUGUUCCUCUGCGGCUCGCUGCCGGUCUGGCUCGACCGCGAGUUCACUACGCUCGAGUUCUCUCCGGGCAUAUCGAGGUCCUUCUUCAACGAUAGCCAAUCCCUCGUCCUUUCCCUCUUCUACAGGACUCCCGGCAUUCCCAAGGUGAUCCCUCCCCCAGUCCGGCCGUCCCUAGACACCCACCCUCCCGCAUGGCUGCACCGGGACAACAUUCUCCUGCCAGUCGACCGCCCCUCGGACCCUCCAGGCUCCACCUGGGGAGGGUCGUAUCUGCAGCACAGUGGCGCGCGCAAGUGCGAGGCGCUGGCGGUGAGGGGGCUGGCGGAGUUUGGGGAGGACGCGGUGGACGUGAUAGCGCCCGCGGACGUGCUCAAGCAGCUCUUCAAGCUGCCGUUUUCCAAGGCGAGCCUCUUUGUCAGCGUGCACCGCGUUGGCCGCACGCUUGUUCUGAACCCCGGAACCUUCACGGAUUUUGUGGGGGAUGCGGAAGGCGUGGUGCGAGUGUGUGAUCACAAGAAUCAGCAGCAGCAGGAGCUGGGGCAGAUGGAUCGGCAGCAGCAACAGCAGCAGCAGCAGCAGCAGCAGCAGCAGCAGCAGCAGCAGCAGCAGCAGCAGCAGCAGCAGCAGCAGCAGCAGCAGCAGCAGCAGCAGCAGCAGCAGCAGCAGCAGCAGCAGCAGCAGCAGCAGCCGCUGCACACAUCUGAGGAGCCUCUAAAAACCUUCACGGAUUUCGUGGGCGAUGCGGAAGGCGUUGUGCGACAUCUGAGGCUGUUUCUGGGAAGCGACCUGAUUCUGUUCAGCAAUGAGAAGCAUGCUGCCGUCAGCCUUCACCUGGUUGACGUGGAGCAUGAGAGCUCCCCUUUGGUGUGGCUCGAUAUAUGGCUGGAUAAUCUCAUGGCAGGAGUACCCGAGCUAGCCAUCUGCUACCACCACAAGGGCGCCGUGCAGGGCUACGAGCUGCUGCACUGCGACGACGUGUUUCUGCUCAAGUGCCUCGCCAGGGACGGCUCCGCGUCAUUUUACCCCCACGCUGUGAGGGACAGUGCGCUCGCGAUUCUGGCAUUCCUGCAGGAGAAAUGCGCACGAAGCCCCGGCACCUACUGGCUUCGCAAGGACGCAGGCACGGACGUGCUGCAGCUGUUCGACCUCACUCCACCGCUCCAGAACCCAUCUGCACCACUCCGCCUCGCCCCCUCCCUCGCCACCCAUCCCUCUGCGUCAGAAGCAACACCCAGCCACGUUAGCACGACCUCUUCUUCCUCAAACGCUUCAACCUUGGGAGAACCAUCAGGGAACGCAGCAGGCGAGGCAGCAUUGGCAAGAGGGGGACAAGCAAGAGAAGGAGAAGGGGAGGCAGCAUGGGCAAGAGGGGGACAGGCAAGAGAAGGAGCAGGGGAGGCAGCAUGGGCAAGAGGGGGACAGGCAAGAGAAGGAGCAGGGGAGGCAGCAUGGGCAAGAGGGGGACAGGCAAGAGAAGGAGCAGGGGAGGCAGCAUGGGCAAGAGGGGGACAGGCAAGAGAAGGAGCAGGGGAGGCAGCAUGGGCAAGAGGGGGACAGGCAAGAGAAGGAGCAGGGGAGGCAGCAGGGGGCCAGGCAGGGGGACUAGCGGGGCGAGCAGGUGUGAAUUCCCCUCUGCCUUCUCUUGAUCCGGCUGUAGCAGCACGCCUCUCCCUACCCCUCGCCAUGCUGCUCUAUCGCCUGGCCCUUCGCCUCUCAGACUCGCACGUGUCGCGGGAUAGGCACAGGACGGCACAGCUGUUUGGGUACUGUCUGCAGCUGCUGCACCAGAAAGACCACCCGAAAGGCGACGAGACGAGCUCCCAUCUCUCCUCCACCACCCUUCCUUCCUCCUGCCAUCUUCACUUUCUCUACUCUUUGUUCCAGAAGGAGCUGGGGCCCCAACCCCUGCAUCUUCCUCCUCGCUUAUUGAGACGUCUCAAAAUUCCCGGCCCCAUCCCCUGCCUCUUCCUCCUCACUCACCCCUCGCUUGCUCUUCCUGCAGCAACAGCCCACGAGUACAUGGCGCGCUUCUUUCUGCAGAUCCCACAGGACGAGCUACCAUCUCUCCUUUAUCCUCCUCCGCUCCUUCAAACUUCAAUUCCUUUAUCCCCAACUCCAACCCUGCUUUCUCCGUCUCCCCUACCUCCCUCCAGGGUCUUCGAGCAACAGCCCACGAGUACAUGGCGCGCUUCUUUCUGCAGAUCCCACAGGACGAGCUACCAUCUCUCCUUUAUCCUCCUCCGCUCCUUCAAACUUCAAUUCCUUUAUCCCCAACUCCAACCCUGCUUUCUCCGUCUCCCCUACCUCCCUCCAGGGUCUUCGAGCAACAGCCCACGAGUACAUGGCGCGCUUCUUUCUGCAGAUCCCACAGGACGAGCUACCAUCUCUCCUUUAUCCUCCUCCGCUCCUUCAAACUUCAAUUCCUGUAUCCCCAACUCCAACCCUGCUUUCUCCGUCUCCCCUACCUCCCCCCAGGGUCUUCGAGCAACAGCCCACGAGUACAUGGCGCGUUUCUUCCUGCAAAUCCCGCAGGACGAGCUUCCAUCUCUCCUCCAACCCUCGCACCUCCACUCCCCCCUCCUGCAACCGCGGCUCCCCCACCCCCCCCUCCUCCACUCAUCAGCUCCCCAUACCCCUCUCCCUCACCCUCCCAUCCCCCGUCCCUCCCUUCUCCAUCCUUCCCUCCAACCGUCACUCCCACAUCCCUCCUCGCUCCACCUCCCGCUCCUCCCACCAGUCACGUUUCUAUCCUCCCAUCUGCCCGCUUCGAAUCUCCUACCCUUCUCCACUCCCUCCUCCCAAUCUGCCCCCGCUCUCACCCUCUCCCCUCGCCUCACCAUCACUUCUCCCGAAGAUGCUGCUCCUGCUGCUGCUGCUGCUGCUCCUGAUGAGUCCACUGCAGACGCUGAAGGUUCCCAGGAGCUGGCCAUUAUUCCCAGGAGCGACGCUCACUUGGCGUUCAUUCCCAAAGCCAGUCAGCACUUGGCUGUGAUUCCCGUCACACAGGAAUCAAAGGUUGUGACAGCAGCUGAGCCAGGAGCAGCGGCUGAAGCAGAACAAGAAGCAGCAGCAGCAGCAGCAGCAGCAGCAGCAGCAGCAGCAGCAGCAGCAGCAGCAGCAGCAGCAGCAGCAGCAGCAGCAGCAGCAGCAGCAGCAGCAGCAGCAGCAGCAGCAGCAGCAGCAGCAGCAGCAGCAGCAGCAGCAGCAGCAGCAGCAGCAGCAGCAGCAGCAGCAGCAGCAGCAGCAGCAGCAGAAAAAGAAGCAGCAGCAGCAGAAGAACCAGAAGCAGCAGCGGCACCAAUAUCCCUAUUUUUGCCCCCUCCGCCCUCUACACUGGAAGACGCAGAGAUCACACAGCAUAGUGUCACACAAUCUCUUGGUGGGGCUAAAACCAAGGACUCGUCAAAGCCCAGCCAAUUAUCUCGCAAGAAUGAGAGGCAGCGCCGUGUGGCUGAAUCUGGGGGACCAAAAAGGGUGGGGUCGAAUGCAGUGGGGUUGAGCAGGGGAGCAGCAGGAGGGGUGUUGGCAGGAGGGGGAGAAUCGGCAGGGUGGGAGGGUAGCAUGUGGCUGUCUAGGCGUGUAAGUGGGAGGAGCUUCUGGGGGGAGCUGUGGGAGCUGGUAGGUGAUCUCUAUGUGGACCUCGAGACUAGGGUCGGAAUGGGGUCGGAGCCGGAGCAAGCGGCAAGGCUCGGUGACCCGAAACAAGGCACGCGGGUUGGUGACCCGAAGCAAGGGGCGAGGCUCGGUGAGUCUAACCAAGGGUGGAGAUCCGAUGGCACGAAGCAAGAGACGAGGUUGGGUGAGGGGAGAAGGGAAGAAAGCAGUGUGGCAGUGCGGGCUGCAGCGGUGGCUGCAGAAGGUGAGGCGUCUGGGAGUGCAGAGCUGAGGAUAGAGGAGGAGGUGGCGAGGGAGGUGAGACGCGUGAGGAAGAAGAGGAGGCAGAGGGAGGGUGGCGUUCAAGGGGUAGCAGGUGCAGGGGCAGCAGCAGGAGCAGCAAAUACUGGUCAGGAGAUUGGUGGUAGCAGGAGCAGGGGUGGUGUGGAAGGUGUGUGCAGUGUGUGUGGCCGGGGCGGCUGUAGCUGCUUGAACGAACGAGCAAGAAGGGAAGACGGUGGUUUGCCGAAUACAUUUUCAUCAUCUUCAGCACCAUCAGCACCAUCAGCACCAUCAUCCCUUCCCCCUGCCUCCUGCUCUGCAAACAGCUGGAAAACGCGUUGCUUUGGCCGCCCGUUUGUGCUCGACCCGAAUGCCAACUACCAAUCAGCAGCCGAGUUUUACUCCCGGGCAGCCGCUGCGUUCUCGGCCAAUCACGACACGACAAGCAAGCAGGCGGUCAUGAGGAAACGCGGAUGGGCUUGCAACGAGCGCGGCCGAUGGCUUCUCAACUCCCCUUCCUCCUCCUCUCCCUCCACCUCUCCCUCCUCCUCUUCCUCUGCCUCCUCUCCCUCUCCACCUCCCACUACCCCGCAUACCACCAUAGCUGCUGCACGGGCAGCACUGGUGGCGGCAGCAGAGGCGUUUUGGGAAGCGGGAGAUGCCCCCAACGCUGCUCUCGUGCUCUGCAAUCUCGGGCAUGGGGAGAGGGCCGAUGCUGAGGUGCUUGCUGCUCCCGUUCUGAUGUGCUCUGAGCAAGCUGCUGCUGGUUCCGCUGCUGCUGCUGCUGCUGCUGCUGAAGAUGCUACCACAAAUGUUGACAAUGAUGAACUUGGUUCUGCCAGUGCUGGUGCUGGUGCAGAUUUACUGAGCAAGUUUGAGAGAGCGAGGCAGAGGUAUAUGCGUGCCUUGGGGUGGUAUGGGGAUGCGCGUAGGGAGCUGAUGAGGAGCGUGGGGGAAGGGAAGGCCGAUGGUGCUGCCGAUGGGAGUGAGGCAGCAGCAGCACGGGCAUAUGGGAUGGUCUGGAGUGAGGUGAAUCUGCAAUUCGCCCACACUUACCUAAGAGUCGGCAUGCUCAUGGCCGCUGCAGAACGCCUGGGCCUUCCAAUGGCCCCAACUGGGAAUAGAAGAGAGAAUGCAGAUAGUCGCUUGGGGCGAGCAGGCAGCAAGAGGCUGCCUUUGCUCACUUCCACCUUGCUGGUUACCACAGGGAUUGUGCCUGCUGCUGCUGCUGCUGCUGCUGCUGCUGCUGCUGGAGGAGGAGCAGCAGGGGGUGUGGCAGAUUGGCAGCAGCAGCAGAAGCGUCUGGCAGCGUUAGCAGAGGUGCAUUGGCACAAGGCAGUGUGCUUCUAUCGAGCGGACGCGCAUCCAGACAUGUUUGUGACUAUAUGCAUGGAGAGGGCGGGCCUGGCGUUUGGUCUGGGGGGGCAACGUCAGCAACAACAGCAGUGGCAGAGUCACCUCGCAGCUCUAAGACACCUCAUGGCAGCACAGGCUGCUCUAUUAUCACCCCCAGGCACCACGGAGGACUUCAAGCAAGCCACCAAAGCUUCCCCUCUUUACAGUCACACAGCGGAGAGGCUGUGCCAUCUCGUACAGUCACACCUGAAGGCCUUGCUGGGCCUUGCCCUGGCAUCCUCUGGUUCAUCUGUUGGCGUGAGGAAGGUGGGUGAUGGUAGUACAAGUGCAGCAGGUUCAGGGGUUGGGAGAGGUGGAGAGGAGUCCGUGGGAGUGCUUCGAGAGGCUUACAGAUGUUCUUUGAAGCUGGACAAGUGUGCAUUGGACUUGCAUUCAAUAUCCGUGUUGGUUGCUCGUUUGCAAUAA